CCUGCACAGCUCCUCGUACUUGAGAAACAACACCUCCUCGGGUCGUCUCUUGCUCUCUUUCCAAUAGCCCACCACGUGUUCGUAAAAAGGCCCGAAGGGCACAACCCCGCUGCAGAAGCUCUCCACCGCUCCCUCCAACGGGAACGGCUCGGGGCCGCCGCGUGUGAGCAGCUUGUUGUAGAAAUGCCACAUCGACACCACUGUGUCCUUCGGGUUACGAGCCACGUACACAAACCUGCAUCCGGACUCCCUCACCGCCUCCGGCAAGUAACUGUAAGGCACGUGAGUGUGGAGCAAUCG